CGAGAAGGAAGUUAAAAAUGAACAGAAGAAGAAGAAGAAGAAGAAGAAGAAGAAGAAGAAGAGAACCAUAAAAACAACACAACGGGCACCUGGCAGUCUGACAUAAACAAGAUAGUUACCUGCUGCACAAUGGCAAAUGUUUAAAAGCCCAAAUCAGCUGCUGAUAUGGUGUACCCAAGAAGCCCCCAGUCUCACAUUGGGGUGAGCGUCUGGGGAGAAUAUUGCAGCAGAAUAUGGCUUUAGGAGAUCAUCUUCUACAAGAAUUUAUUUUCACCACGACAAAAUAAGACAUUUGAAAAUGGAGAGAGUGGCAACUGAGAGGGAGAUGGAUGCCCUUACAGAUUCGGAUGAGGAGCUCACUGAGGGUGAUUCCACUUCAGUGAAUAAGUCAAGUCGGUGGGAGACUCGAGCGGCCGAAGACGACCGCGAGGCCACAUCCAAUGCUCAGGACACCCCAAACCCCGCCACCCCGCAUGACUCCGGAAUCGGUUACGUGGAAUGCUGCGGCUCCAUGGAGGACAGGGAUGAAACCGAGGAAGUUUCCGACGACCACGAAAGCGCUGACGGUCACGUGAGCUCCCGGGUCAUAAAUCAAGAGGAGGAUGAAUCCGCAAAGGAGCAGCAGAUGAACGGCGAGUCGGCUUGGAGGAGCUUCGGAUCAGGAAGGAGGUGCAAACUGAGGAGCGGAGGUUCCGUUUCCGAGCAAAGCACUCAAAGUGGCUUUACCUUUCAAAAAGGAGCUUUCGUGUCGGGCGGCGGCAGGCACAAGCAGGCCCGCAGGCGCAACCAUCAUCAUCAUCCGCUGAACCGCGGCCGCAGGCGUUCAGGCAAACAACUCGUGUUUGCUUUGAAAGAAAUGUUGUCGGAGUCUCUCAGUGUCUGGUGUAUCUCCUGUGUCCAUAUGAUGAUCGAAAUUAUCGUCACCUUAACUCACAAUUGUGGCGUUGGCGUGGAGACCGGAGGGUUGAAACUUUACCGCUUGGGGCAGCGACUCAUUGGAAAGAUGACGGACAUACCGGGAAUGAAGGCCGACGCUAGUAGGAUAUUAAAAUGGACAAAGUGCGCAGGCGCGGAUGUGGCCGAUAAAGUUGGUCGCUCACUCAAGUGGACUAAACAAGCUGCCUUAUCGACUUUCAGACUUCUUUAUGCUUUGAUCGUGCUCGCGUCCCAGCGAGUGAAAAGUGUCUUGGUCCGGCUUGGUGGAGAGAGGGGGAAACGGUAUUGGACAGCUUUCCAGGAUUCACGUUUUUGGAAGAGGGUGGUGCUUUUUGUGGAAAGGAUAAGAAAGUGCUUCAAGAGAGACGGCCACGUGCACACAUCCGGCUUCGAAUCACCGGGUCGAGCCGGGAGAGGCCCGCCAGGUCAGGAGCUGGAAAGACUGCUGGCCUUGGCUGGGGUCCCAGAAGACGAGCUUGAUCCCUUCACGGUGCUUGGCGUGGAGGUCCACGCGACUGAAGCCGAGCUGAAGAAGGCCUACAGGCAGCUGGCUGUCCAGGUCCAUCCAGACAAGAACAAACACCCACGAGCUGGUGAGGCGUUCAAAGUACUGCGGGCUGCCUGGGAUAUUGUCAGUAACCCAGAAACACGAAGAGAGUAUGAACUGAAGCGAAUGGCGGCGACCGAGCUCUCCAAGUCCAUGAACGAGUUCCUCACCAAGCUGCAGGACGACCUGAAGGAAGCCAUGAACACCAUGAUGUGUACCAAAUGUGAAGGCAAGCACAAGCGCUUCGAGAUGGAUCGAGAACCAGCCGAGGCCCGCUUCUGUGCCGAAUGCAGUCGUCGCCAUAGCGCCGACGAAGGCGACCUUUGGGCCGAGUCCAGCAUGUUGGGCCUACGUAUCACCUAUUUUGCCUGCAUGGAUGGCAAAGUCUAUGAUAUUACAGAGUGGGCGGGUUGCCAGAGGAUAGUCAUCUCUCCAGACACACACCGCGUGCCCUAUCACAUCUCCUUUGGGUCCAAGAACAACAGCAAUGCCGCCAGAAACAGGUCACACUCAGAGCACGGUCCAGGGCCGGCCAACCCGGCAGAUUUACAGGACUUCUUCAACCGCAUCUUCAAGGGAGCGGCCCCCAGUGACAUGCCAGCCAAUGGGGGCUUCUUCCCCUCAGGUCCAUCUCACCAUCCCCCACCCGGCGCCGGCUCACCCCCGUUCUCUCCUCCCCCGGGCCAGACAGGUUUCUUCAUGCCGGGGGCCCCGCGGCCCGAGCCCGGCGAAUCGUGUGCGGAGGGCGGCAAACCUCCGCCUCGGAGGAAGAAGAAAGUCCGCAAGCCCUUCCAGAGGUGAAGUCUGCUGAGAUGAAGACAGCUACGGAAAAAAACAACCCAGGGAGACAUUCAGCACAGGCCGCUUUGGGUCUUGCUGACAUCCCAGCUGGAGGAGAUUGAGGUUGCUUGGAAAGGCUGUUGGAAGGUUCAAGAGAUGCCGGUGGUGGUGGUGCGGUAGCUCUCAUUUCACCUUAGGUUGGCUUCAUCUUCACGCUGACUGUAGCUUUGCCAUUCUUUCCUACCAACUCGCAUUGCACCGUUUCUUCACUUGCUUUUUGCCACUCCCAGUCAUUCACGUACGUUCGAAACGGAAUCUUUGCAAGCCAUGGUGGCACCAGCCGUGGCUCAAUGUAAUCAAUUUGACAAUAUCCAUUUCAGCAUCAGCGCAACUGAUAUUGCAGUGAUUCUCCAUGCUAAAAGUUACAUUUAAAAAAUGUUUUUGUCUCUUGUACGUUGCAAAUUUUUGUCUUUAAGACAUGGAAAAGCCCAAUGAGCAAUAGUCCCAAUUUAGUAUCAGCAUACUGUAUGUUAAACACGACAAGGAAUGAGUUACCAGUGAUGCUGUGGUGAUAUACAAUUUAGAUAUGGGGGAAAAAAAUAAUAGCUUGGAACCUACAAUUAUGGACAAAAUGUUAGACCGCUCUUUCUUCCUCGGUUUUAUUUGUAUUUUAAAUGCCUAAAUGUUGAGGUACAUAUUUGGGGGGGCGACAAAUGACAUUGAAAGUAGCUCAUAAGAGUAAUUCCAGAGCCUUUUUUUUUUUUUUUUGAUAACCAAAAGCAUCGCCAUUCCACAUUGUCUUUCUGUUAGUCACAUGAUACACCUGUCGUGGCAUCAAGACAUUAAAAUGAAGAAAUUGAAGAAUACCAAAUAAUUUUUCCAUGACUGUAUACACGUUAACACAUUAAGCAGUGAAACUUUUCCAAUUAUUAGUCCCAUUCAUAUUUGUGCUCCAUUGUGAUUUCCAAAAUUCCCAACGGGACAGGCCUGAUGAGUGGCCUACAUUGCCCUCUGUUGCUCAUCAGUGCAAUUAGACAUUUCUUUUAUCAAAUCACUGUUUCCUCCCCAGCUUUUUUAAGAACAUGUGGUAUCUCCACAAUCUAAGUCUCAGUUUGUCUACCAAAGUUUAAAUUAAUCUCUGAUGUGAAAUGUUUUAAACGAUCACUCUCUAAAGAUUUCGAAAUUACUGUAAACAUAAGGAAAAAAAAGCACGGAAGGGAAAUUUCAUGUCUUCAUCGAACAACAUAAAGGGUUCACUCUACUUUCUGCUGCUUGCAUUCCUAAUCACUUCAAAUAACUUCAGGAAAACUCGGCUGUUUACACCAACUGUGUAAACGUUGCUCGAGCAAGCAGAAUUUGACAUUUGUAUUUUUUUUGGGGGGGGUCAGUUUUGUACCUUUUGUGUUGGGGCCUGUGACGUCGCUGUUCAUGUGCGGUUGCACAGAAGCCUGAAGUUCGCUGCAUUGUGAUGCCUCUGGGUUGGAGUGGUUGCGAUAUAUAUAUAUUUUUUCCCCGAAUAAGAAUUUCAGUGUUGACGCAGGAUGCUGCCAUGUUCCUCUCCCUGUGUCACAUCGCCCCUCUUUUAUGCAUUUGUGGUGUAUGAUCAGGUGAGCCAUGGCAGAACCACAAAGGCUUGUAACGCUUGAAAUGAGAUUGCUCCUCAGCAGUGGCUCUAUAACUGAAAAGAACUGAUUUAUAUUUUGCUGAUAAAGUAGCAUGAUUUUAUGUUUUGUUUGCCUUUGGUUUAUUUUUCCAAUGAUGUGCAAUUUGUGGUCUGCCGUCCUUGUUUAGGUUUUGGUUUUCUAAUUGCCAUGAACGUUGACAGUGAAAAUUUGCAUUUGUUGACUUGUCACACAUUCACCUCAGCAUGAAAAUGUACACUGAUGGACAUACUGGGUGCCGCUUGAAAGUUCAAGAAGACAACGGCAGAGUCAACAAUGUUUUUUUUUUUUCUUUUAAUGAUUUUUUUUUUACAGAAUAUGCAGAAAUAUUGUAAACAACUUUAUCUGACAAUCAUCAGGGGCUUUUGUUCCCUGGCUGGCAGACCAUUUUAAAAUAUCACUCUUGGGUAAGUUUCCCCUGCUUUCUCUGGUUUUCAAAGUAAAGAUAAUUUCCUAAAUGCAA